GUAGGCUUGGGCCUGGAGACCAGCUGGUUUAUACUUCCUCUUUCUCCGCUCCAGAGUCUAUUGAGGCGGAGGUUGCUGAGGGGGAGCCAUGGGGAAGAAGCAGCGGCAGCAACGGUGGGGCUGCGUGGCGCUCUGGCUGGCUUCGGCGCUGGUGGCGGGUAUUUCUGCUAAUGAAUUCAGUGUGUUAAGAUCUCCUGAGUCAGUUAUUUUCCGUGAAGGAAGUUGGCCAAUACCCGGAGAGCGGAUUCCAGAUGUGGCAGCGUUAUCCAUGGGUUUCUCUAUUGAGGAUGAUCUCUCUUGGCCUGGACUAGCGGUAGGGGAUCUCUUCCGGCGUCCUCGAGCAACAGUUUUAGUGACCGUGACAGGGUUGGACAAAUUAACACUGCCUAAGAGUGGUAUUUCCUACCCGGUUGAGAAUGCGGUUCCUUUCAGUCUGGAUGGUGUUGCAAAUGCAAUUCAUACCUUGUUUUCUGAGGAAACCCCCGUAGUUGUACAGCUAGCUCCCAGUGAAGAGAGGGUAUAUAUGGUUGGAAAGGCAAAUUCCGUAUUUGAGGAUCUUUCUGUCACGCUCCGGCAGCUUCGGAAUAGAUUAUUCCAAGAGAAUUCCAUUCUUUCUUCCCUUCCCCUCAGCUCACUGAGCCGAAACAGUGAGGUUGAUCUCCUCUUCCUAUCAGAAUUACAAGUUUUGCAUGAUAUCACAAGCUUGCUCUCCAGGCACAAACAUUUAGCCAAGGAUCAUUCGCCGGAUCUAUAUUCUCUAGAGCUCUCUGGUUUGGAAGAAAUUGGUAAGCGUUAUGGAGAGGAUUCACAGCAGUUCAAGGAUGCUUCUCAGAUUCUUGCAGACUCUCUACAAAAGUUUGCAGAUGAGAUGUACAGCCUAUAUGGUGGGAAUGCAGUAGUAGAGGUGGUGACGGUGAAGACAUUUGACACUCCCUUUGUGAGGAAGUCACGGUCCAUCCUGCAGUCAACUUCACAGAGCAAGUCUGAAAAUCCAUAUAACCUAGGAUAUUCAUACAACUUCAACUAUGCCGUUGUCUUCAACAUAGUGUUCUGGAUCAUGAUAGGCCUUGCAAUUGCUGUGAUUGUUAUCUCCUACAAUCUCUGGAAUAUGGAUCCAGGCUAUGACAGCAUCAUUUAUAGGAUGACCAACCAAAAGAUUAGGAUGGAUUGAGCUUCAGAUUCAAGCCUGAAAUGAGUGAGGCUUCUUCCAGUGACUUGGUGUGGUUCAGUAUAGACUGUCUAACAGUACAACUAUUUCUGUGAAGUGUAUCCCCUUGUGUUUCCCUUAAGGGUAUAUUUAAAAAUUUAGCAGUGUAUGAAAUCAUGAGUAAAUGUUUAUUGACUGUAUGUAUAAAUGAUUCCAUUCUGUGGCUGUGCAAUAUUCCUUGAAUUUUAGAGUUGCUCUCGUAUGUUGUGUGUAACCAUGUAAAACAAAUGCACUGAAAAUACACUAGCAGUUUGCUUUGUGUUAAAUUCUUUACACUGGAAACCUAGGAUCUUUUCUUGAAACUGUUGUAGACCAUCAGUUACAAAGGAGUUUUUCAUGUAAAUAUUUCAAGUUCCUGUUUGUAGGGAUUUAUCUCUCCUUAUGCUGAACCUUCUGUAUAUUCUCCCUUAAUUAAAUCUGUUCUGUUAAAAUACAAUAUGGGUGUAACCUUGUGAGACACCCUACAACAGAGUGGGCAAAUUCUCGGGGACCUGGGAACCAUUUUUGCCAUCUCUGGGACUUUGGAGGGUCUGUCCCUCCAUUUCCUCCUAAAUACAGUAUAUCAUAUUGUGCAUCCCUAGAAGCCUCUAUGGCUGUGAUUUUUCAUUUUAGUUUUGUGUGAUCUUCCCCUACUGUUCCCAUAGUCAAAUCACAUUGGAAUAUAUAGGAAGUGACUGGCUGGCUUCUGUAGGUGUGAUUUGCUGUUUUGGGAGUGUUUUUUUCUUCAAGGUGUUAGUGAAUGCUGGGGUGCAUUUAAUCCCUCACUCCCAUCCUGUGACUUUUAUUCAUAAUAAAUGUUUUGCCUAAAAUUUCUGUGCAGACAUGAUCUGGAGCAAGAGAAAAAAUACAUACUGGUAUAUCAGGAUCUUCAGUGUGAAAAAAGAGGAUAUUGUCAUUACAUGUCACUGGAUUGUACCAAUAACAAUAGCUGAAUGAAUACUGAGUUCCGUUCAGGUUUUCAUCUUUUAAAAAACUGGUCCAUGAUCACACUGUAAACUGAAAUGGCACAUGGCCUUCUCUAAUCAUUGGCAAAUCUGUGUACCGGUAUAUAACAGCUACAAGGUUCAGCUUUCACCAUAUAUUGCAGAAACUGCUAAUAGGUACUGCUAUAGUCUUGUAAAUGGUAGGUAUGUGCUCAACAAGCAUAAUGUGGAUCAGACUUUAUUGCCACAAGGAGGCUUUUCAAGUCUGCAAUAGUAGCACUGAAAAUGGUGUAAACAGGCCUUGAAUUUUAAAAAAAUCCCAUUCACUUUAAAGUGUAGAAACAGUGAGAGAUUGGGGUUGGGGAGAGAAUCUAACAGAUAUUCAGGCUUCUGAAGGUGUGAGUGGCUGUUCAUGUAUUUAGCACAGUGGACCAGUAAACAAGUUUCUAUUAUAUUGCUUAACUUUAUGUAGUUGGAGUUUUUGCGCUAAGCUUGUGAUUGGGCUUACUUUUUCUAGAUAAGGUGGUCUACUAGAUUAAUAAGCAGCCUAAACAUGCAGCCAGGACAGAUAAGGAACAUAGACAUCACUCCUGAUAUAUAUUGCAACAACAGGUACUACUAUGCUGCCAAAAUAAAAUUUUCGUGCAGUAUCAGUUAAAGCAUAGCAAGAGGUAUGUUAAUUGUACAUUAACUAUUUACUCUGAUAGUUAAAUAGUAAAAUUCCCAUAUAUAUUUAUAAAUAUACUGAAAAUACUUGAAUCCCUGUGGGAACAAACCUUUCAUCUCUAGCAAUAGUUUAAAUGUUUUCCCCCUCUUUUUAUUAUCCAGCAUCUUUACAUGUAGAUUUAGGUAAUGCCUUGCAGUCUUAAAAACCAAACAAACCUCAAUUACACACACUAGUUAGUGAAUGCAUUGGGGAAUAUAGGAAACUUAAAAUGUGUUGAAGAUACUGAAGACAUGUAGAUCAAGAUCAAUUAUUUAUAAUCUUAAAACUAACAACUGAUGUUCCUGAAUUCCUAAUUGAAACUAGCCUAGUAAUAUGUUUUAGGCAUGAUUUAACCUAGAGUUAAGCACACCUAAGUCCAUUUAUUUUAAUCAGUUAUAUUCUUUGUGUACAAACAGUUGAGUACUGAUAAAAUAUUCAGUGCUUUGACUCUGAAGCUGGUUUCUAUAGAUUAUGGAGCUGGUAUCUAGAUUAGGCAACAGUUCUUCCUGUAUCAACAUAAGGUCUUGGAUAGGCUCUAAGGAAGAGGACGUUAGUUUAAGUCCCACUGAAAUAAAUGGCCCAAAUGCUUUAUCAUUAACCUAUUCCGUGAACUCUGAAUGUGGUUGACCUUUUUAGAUUAUGGCCUUGUUGAUGGAGACUUUGGAAAUUUCAGUAUAAAAGAUUGUACUGCGAUAGCUGAUAAAGGAACAGAUUUGAUUUGACACCAUCUUGGCUGCCUUGUUGAACUAAACAGCAAAUGGACAAUAAAUGAAACAAAAUCUUACUAAAUUAGGUGGCAUUGUACAGUUUUAAUAUCAAAGUUGACAAUUCAUUUUACUUAUCCUGAUGAAUAAGUAAACUAAAGUGAUUGAAUUUUAAACCCAAUUCUGAAAUUCCAGUCCAUACUUUGCUUUCUAAAUCUUAGCCCUCUAGCUAUCCUAACAGAAUAUUUUAAAAUGUUUCUCACUGUCUGCCUCACCAAAUGAACAUGCAUGCAUUAUAGGAAGAUUGUCUUCUAAUUUUUGUUGAAUAAUGUUUGACAUUACCAAGAAAAUGUAUGUCUAACCAAUAAAUACAUCGAAAAAC